AUUUUACGAAGCUUCGGGGUACCACUGUAAAUCGCGGAAGCUGCACAUAGCAAUUCCACUUCCGAGAGAGGGAAGAGAACGCCGCAAGGAACAGAGAGAGAGGGAGAGGCGAUGCAGAGUUUAAAGAUCCUCAUACCGCUGCGCCGUACGUUGCGGGGAAAUGGCUUUCUCUAUACUCACAGGGAUAGCUUUUCUGCUUUGCCCAACUAUGCCCAAUAUGAUGAUACUCAAGAACAGGUUUUGGUUGAAGGAAGAGCUAUUUCUAGAGCUUCCAUACUCAACAGACCUUCCUCACUCAAUGCUCUUACUAAUGCUAUGGUGGAUAGGUUAAAAAGACUAUACGAGUCUUGGGAAGAAAACUCAGAUAUUGGGUUUGUGAUGAUGAAGGGCAAUGGGAGGGCUUUCUGUUCUGGUGCAGAUGCAGUUAACCUAUACCGGCAAAUAAAUGAAGGGAAGGUUGAAGAAUGUAAGAUCUUUUUCCAGACAUUAUAUAAAUUUGUGUACCUUUUAGGAACAUAUCUGAAGCCACAUGUGGCCAUCUUGGAUGGUAUCACAAUGGGAGGAGGGGCAGGAAUUUCACUUCCUGGAAUGUUCUGUGUGGUGACCGAUAGAACUGUCUUUGCUACUCCAGAGGCUCAAAUGGGUUUCCAUCCUGAUGCCGGGGCGUCUUACUAUCUCUCCCGUUUACCUGGUUAUUUAGGGGAAUACUUGGCUCUAACAGGAGAAAAACUGAAUGGAGUUGAAAUGAUUGCCUGUGGUCUUGCUACGCAUUAUUCACUAAAUGCAAGACUUGCUAUGGUUGAAGAACGCCUUGGUAAAUUGAUGACAGAUGAUCGCUCUGUCAUAGAGGAUUCUCUUGCACAAUAUGGUGAUCUUGUCUACCCAGAUAAGAGGAGCAUUCUCCACAAGAUUGAAAUGAUUGAUGAAUGUUUUAGCCAAGACACUGUUGAAGAAAUUAUUGAUGCUCUAGAAAAUGUGGCUGCUGAGUCUUAUGAUGAAUGGUGUAGUACAGCCCUCAAGAAAUUAAAGGAAGCAUCGCCAUUGAGCUUAAAAGUUACUUUACAGUCCAUACGGGAGGGUAGGUUUCAACCCCUUGAUAGAUGUCUGGCUAGUGAGUAUCGCUUAUCUGUGAAAUGGAUCACCCAACAGGUCUCUAAUGAUUUCUCUGAGGGCAUUCGGGCACGACUAGUCGACAAGGACUUUGCACCGAAGUGGGAGCCUUCAAGUUUGGGAGAAGUGACGAAGGACAUGGUUGACUACUAUUUUGCCCCCCUUGGUGAACUUGAGCCUGAAUUAGACUUGCCCAUAGCAUUGAGAGAACCUUGUGUUUGAUUGACAUUGAGUUCCCACCAUACUUUGGAAGAGGGAACUUACAAAUUUUUGGAAUCAUCAGUUGUAUCUCUUAGGAUUUGAACUUGAAGCUCAAACUACACCGUUUUUAUCAAAAAGCAUUGGACAUUUUUAUCAAA